CGCUUCAGCUGGUACGGAGCCCCGUACGGCAGACACACACAAGACAAUAGCACCCGAGGAUAAACGCUGUUAUUCGUUUGUGCCAUUUGGAUUACUACACUGUUAUCCCACCGGCUGUUUAUCCAGCGCUAUUUUGUCCCUAAUGGUGAUCGGAUACUUGAAUUGGUGAUUGUUCACACUAACGCCAUGAGUGGGCUUCUCAAGAGGAAGUUUGAGGAGGUGGAUGAGGACCCAUGCUACUCCUCGCCCUCCUCCCUCUCCUCUGCCUGCUCAGGCUGGGACUCGGAGGGGGAGAGCUGCUACUCGGACACCCUGGAUUCCACUCCCAGCAACCCCAGCUCCCCAGCGACAAAUUUCAAUACAACAUCCAUCCUCAAGAAAUCAAAGAGGGCGCGACGGGGCAAUGUUACCUUUGACCAGGUGACGGUGUUCUUCUUUCCUCGGUGUCAGGGCUUCACUAGUGUUCCCAGUCGAGGAGGAUGCACUCUGGGUAUGAUGCAGCGCCACAGCGCGCUCCGCACAUACACACUUGCUGAGUUUGCUGUGGAGCAGCGGCUCCUACGCCGGGAAAAAUUCCUCAACAGACUCAGGGAAGAGAAACUGGAGGCUCUCAAACUGAAGCUGACUAAGAAUGGAACCCAGGAGAGCGAGGAGGCGGAACAGUUGACGGUAGACGACAUCCCUGAACAGGACAUCGACAUCGGUGGAGCCAACCUUGACGAAGGCUCUUUCCUCCAGCCUUACCCGUCUAAACGUCGCUACGCACUGCUAAAAGCAGCCGGUGUGAAGAAGAUCGACAAAGAGGAGAAGAGGCAGCUGCACGAGCUGAGGAUCUCCAGGGAGAACUGCGGUUGUGACUGUCAGGGCUUCUGUGAGCCAGAGACCUGUAGCUGCAGCCUGGCUGGCAUCAAAUGUCAGAUGGACCAUUCCUCCUUCCCAUGUGGCUGUACCAAGGACGGCUGUGGGAACACAGAAGGUCGCAUUGAGUUUAACUCCACCAGGGUACAGACGCAUUACAUCCACACUAUCAUGAAGCUGGAGCUGGAGAAGAGGCUGGAGGAGCAGUCUAGCACAGAAGAGGAGGAAGAGAACACGAGUGAAGCCACCCUAUUGCAGACUACCCCUCACGGAUCCCUUGGUUUACCCAUUCAGGCCGAACACCCCUCCAUACCCGCAGUGCCCUCCUUCCCCUUUAACUCAGAUCUGGCGGCAGCUGGAGAGAACAGUUGCAGCAGUGAUAUGACAGACUUAUCAGACUCUUCAGGUCAGAGUGAGUACUCCGAGGUAGGCGAGAGCCUGUGUGAGCAUCGCACCCAGCUGGAUGUCGAUGAAAAAGGCCUUAGCCGUAUCCUCAGUUUUAGCGACACAGAGAACUGCUCAAGAAGUAGCAGGGACGGUGGGGAUAAGAACAGUAAUAACACUUGCUGCCCAGAUCAACGGCAAGUGCAACAGCAGCCGUCUACCGAGGCAUUUAGUAGCUUUAGCAUGGUGGAUUUUGCUGACGAGAAUGACAAUAUAGACGUUGCAUUGUUGGACUCUGCAAACGAUCACACAGACAAUCGAGCAACAGCCAUCUCAGAACUUUUGGAUGAGAACGCCAACCAGGGAAAUGCCCUGUUCCAUAGCAGUAGUGUGCCACACACACCCUCCCCCACCAUCGAUCGCUCAGCGAGCUAUAACAUGGACUUGAGCCUCUCCUCAGAGUCAGACCUAGAGUUCUUUGAUGGUUUCCCCUGCUUGGGGCCCAGCUCACUCUACAACUCCCUCAAGGAGUACGAACACAUGGACAACUUUUUUCAGUUUCAGUUGCCUAGUUACCCCAGCCUCCCUCCGGCUAGUGACCCCGGGACCUGCCUUCUGGAGUCACUGAUUGGCCUUUCAGAAUCUGUCCCAGAACCCCCUGCCACAUUUACAGACAAUCAGCUGUUGGAGGAAGCCAUGAAAUUGUCUGUGAUGGAGUCUGUGAAAGUUUGACAAAACGUGAAAAUUUGUGGACAGUACAAGAAGAAAACAGGGGGUUUUCGGGGGGACUGUACAUGCACAUAAGAUGUCAAUGUCAACAUGUUUGGUUUUUGGAGGAAGCUGUGAUUUCCCUCUUGCCUAAUAAAUGUUUAAAUUCCAGACUUGCCUUCAAAACGUUAGCAAAGCAGUUUGGGAGUAUUGCUGUGUGAGAUGGCAGCUAGUGUUAAAAGUGGAAAAGACACAAA